AUGCGUUUGACUUUGUCGCUUCUGUUGCUGUUGGCUCUGAUCGCCGUGGCCACCGAUGCCCAAAGGAAUCGGAGAAGGACGAAUGCCAGGACUUUGGCCACCGCCACGUCCAGGAAAUCCCGAGCUGGAACCUCGAGAAAGCGUGCCUCCGCCAGCCGCAAAUCCGUGAUCAUCGUGGGCAACGGAAGCAGUAGCUCCUCCUCCAGUAGCACCUCCACUCCAUCCUCCCGAUGCCGGACAACUACCACAAGCUGCUACGCCAACUCCAAUGUCUGCGGUCGGUGGAGCUCCACUCGCCGGUGUCAUCGGUUCAAGAACAGGUGCCUCAUGGAGCGGGCCAACUGCCGGACAACCGUUUCAAGCUGGAACGUGGUUAAUCUGGGCAACUGUUCGAGCAUAGCUGUCAACAAUACCGGCACCUGUACCAGCACCUUCUCAUCAUCCUCAUCGACCUCAACUUCCAACUCACAACUGGCCAGCAUACUCUCCUCCAUUCUGGGAUCAUCAUCCUCAUCCUCGAGGGUCACGCCCAUAAUUAUACGCAGAGGUUGA